UAAACUUUGGUAUUUCUUAAAGUCAUUCGCUUGAAAUCGUUCAGUGUGUAAAGUAUUUUCAAUUCCGAUCACGAGGACAUCUAUAUCUUGUUGAAAACAACAUUUUACCAUUUCUGUGUGAAUUUUUAUUUUAAAAAAAAGUUAAAUUACCAAGUAAAAUCAGUGAAAAUGGCUAGUACAGAAACACCGCAGCAAACAGGACAGCCUCAUUUGCAGAAACAAGAUUUAGCGACUUUGGACAUAACAAAAUUAACACCACAAUCUCCAGAAGUCAUUUCUCGUCAGGCAACCAUCAAUAUUGGAACAAUCGGUCAUGUCGCACACGGAAAAUCGACUGUAGUUAAGGCAAUAUCAAGUGUCCAUACUGUCAGAUUUAAGAAUGAAUUAGAACGAAAUAUUACCAUCAAAUUGGAUGAUUCGGAUGAUGAUGUUGAUAAGGAACUUGAGCCAGAAAAAGAUUCAGACAUCCAAAAUACAUUAAAAAUAAAUAAUAACGUUAAAAAGACUAUGCCAGAUGGGAUUGAAGCAUUCUUCCCGGUAGUUAAGCUAGAGAAAAUGACUAAAUCUCAAAUAUAUCAAUUAACUAAGCACCAUGAUCAUCAAAAGAACUUGAAAACAUUUAUUAGAGAUAAAAGAAUUGAAAAACGAGUAUCCCAAGACUUUCAAAGACAUAAGAGACAUCAUAAGGACCCUAAUGAGUUUCAAAGUAAAUUGCAAGCAAUCCAGCAAUUUUUAGAAUAUCAAUCAGGUUCUAAUGAGCACCUUAAGUUGCCUGGAUCAUUUGAAUUUUCUAAACCAAAGAAACGACUUUACUCAGAAGUUAUCAGUCGAUAUUCAAUAGAUCGAAGUGAUACAUCAAGUGUUAGUGGAAGUUCCAUCAGCAAUGAGAAUUUGCGUCCACGAAGAAGCCUUUGUUCUCCAAAACGAUUUAAAUUUGAUGCGUUUUCGAAUAAAGCUAUGAAAUCUAGACGUAAAUCAACUGAUCUUAAUGUCUCAUAUACAGUCGAAAAAAUCUGCGGCAUUAAUGUAUGUAAUGCUGGGAUUUUAUUCCUUGUUAAAUGGGAAAAUUAUUCAUCUAAAGAUAAUACUUGGGAACCUAUGAAAAACAUUCGUGAUUGUCAGGAACUAGCAAUAGAGUUUGUGAAUGCAGAAUUAGACAGUUUAGAAGAAAAUUAUCAAAACGUAAUUCAAGAUUUGCUUGAUGAACAAAAGGAUCUUAUUGAAGUUUAUAAAAGCAAGUUGAAAUCUCAAGUUAUGGACGAGAUUCAGAAACAAUUUGAUGCCUUUGAGUUUCAAUGUUCUAAGUUACUUUACAUGUAUGUUAAGCAUCAUAAUGGCUUUUAUAUGAACUUUAGAAAGCGAUUUCGCCAACUCAUAAUUUUGAAUCACUUUAUUGAGUUAGAUAAGCAACAAAAAGCCGCACAUGAUGUAUUAAGAGCUGAAAUUAUGGAUAAAGAGAUGAAUGAGUUUCCAAUUUAUAUCGAAAAUAAUGUCGACUUUACUGUUUUCGAGUCAUUUGCCUAUACACGAGAGAACAUACUGCCAAAUAAUGUCAAGUCAGUUGUUGAGGAACUAAAGACUGGCUGUAAAUGUUCUAAAGGAUGUGAUCGAACAUCAAAAUGUUGUCCUAAAAUUAUGAAUGGAAAUUUUGCUUAUAGCGAGUAUGUAGACAGCAAUCGAUUGCGACUGUACAAUAGUCAAAUGAUUUAUGAAUGCAAUGACUUUUGUAGCUGUAAUAAGAAGUGCCUUAAUCGCUUAACACAACAGCCAAGAAAAAUUCCUUAUACAAUUUUUAAGACAAAAAAUGGUCGAGGUUGGGGUCUAAAGGCUGUCAAGUCAAUUCUACGUGGUUCCUAUAUUGUUGAAUAUACUGGCGAAAUCAUUGAUCAAGAAGAGUCAAUUCGCCGUGGCUCAAAGUAUGAUGAAAUUGGAAAAUCUUAUUUAUUUGAUUUAGACUUUAAUGAGAAAAGUGAAGCUGUUUAUACAAUUGAUGCUGCACAUUAUGGCAAUUUAGCACGUUUAAUUAAUCACAGUUGUGAACCAAAUUGUCGAAUUUGGCCAGUUGCUACAUGCAAUCAUGAUGCAUCAAUUUAUAGACUGUGCAUUUUCUCAACGAGGCGAAUUAAGAGUGGAGAAGAACUGACAAUCGAUUAUAGCGGUGGAACAGUUAUUAAUGACAUAGAAAGUAGUAGUGAUGAUGAUGUGAAAACUGAAAAUGGAGAGCUUGUUGAUGUUGCUCGUGCUGUUAAUAUUUCACAUAAACACAGGACACUAGAUGUGUGCAAAUGUGGAAGUUAUGCUAAUGCAAAGAUAUAUAAAUGCGAUAAUCCAAAAUGUCCACGUCCAGCUUGCUACACCUCAGGUGGUUCCGGAAAGGACGAUAGUUUUCCAUGUUAUCGUGCUGCCUGUACUGGUCGUUUUCAACUAAUUCGUCAUGUAUCAUUCGUUGAUUGUCCUGGUCACGACAUUCUUAUGGCUACCAUGUUAAACGGUGCUGCUGUUAUGGAUGCUGCGUUACUUCUUAUUGCUGGAAACGAGCCAUGUCCACAGCCUCAAACGAGCGAGCAUUUAGCUGCUAUAGAAAUCAUGAAGUUGAAGCACAUUUUAAUUCUUCAAAACAAGAUCGAUUUAGUAAAGGAGAAUCAGGCAAAAGAGCAAUAUGAACAAAUUGUAAAGUUCGUUAAAGGAACAGUCGCAGAUGGUGCUCCCAUUAUUCCAAUUUCAGCUCAGUUGAAGUACAACAUUGAAGUGUUGUGUGAAUAUAUCACGAAAAAGAUUCCAAUUCCAACACGUAAUUUCCUCGAUGCACCACGUCUAAUUGUUAUCAGAUCCUUUGAUGUAAAUAAGCCUGGAUGUGAAGUUAAUGAUUUAAAGGGUGGCGUUGCCGGUGGUUCCAUUUUGAGAGGUGUCUUGAAAGUGGGUCAAGAGAUUGAAGUUCGUCCAGGUUUAGUGAGUAAAGAUUCGGAAGGAAAGCUCACAUGUCGACCAAUUUUCUCAAAGGUCGUUUCACUUUAUGCUGAGCAAAAUGAACUGCAAUAUGCAGUUCCUGGUGGUUUAAUCGGUGUUGGUACAAAAAUUGAACCAACUUUAUGUCGUGCUGAUCGUUUAGUCGGUCAGGUUCUUGGUGCUGUUGGUGCUUUGCCUGAAAUAUUUGUUGAAUUGGAAAUUUCUUAUUAUUUAUUGAAACGUUUGUUGGGUGUACGAACGGAGGGCGAUAAAAAGGCAGCAAAGGUACAGAAAUUGUCAAAGGGUGAAAUUCUUUUAGUCAACAUUGGAUCGCUCAGCACAGGAGGUCGUGUUAUUGCUACGAAACUUGAUUUGGCUAAAAUUGCUCUUACAUCUCCUGUCUGUACUGAAGUUGGUGAGAAAAUUGCAUUGAGUAGACGUGUUGAAAAACAUUGGCGUUUGAUCGGAUGGGGACAAAUCAGAGCUGGAACUGUGCACGCAAUCAACAACAAGUAAUAAUUCGAACCAUAAAGAAAACAAUUGACAUUAGAAGAUGGAUUAUGAAGGACAAUGCCAACAAUGUUAUAAUUCUGAAAUAUUAAAGUAUAAUGGAGAAUUAAGGAACGGAGUUGUUCACUUAUCUAACAAUUUGUUUUCAUACCACACAAAAAGCACUUUUUAUAUUACUAAUUGCUAUGAAAUAAUGGAAGUUAGAUAUAAUAAUAAAAUCAAAUAUCUCAAAAAAAGAAAAACAA